AAGAAAUUGUUGAAGAAAGAACCAGGAGGAGGAGAAGAAGAAGUAGAGAGAGAUGAGUUCGGAGUUGAUAUUUAGAGGACACGAGAGCCAACCUGAGGCUUAUGUCUACUUGCCGAAGCAGCCGAAGCCAUGGCUAUCGGUGAUUCGCCCAAUCAGGUACAUGCUUCGGGAGCAGCGCCUGGUGUUCGUUCUCGUUGGUAUCGCAAUCGCAACUCUCUUCUUCACGCUGCUGCCAUCCUCAAACCAAUCGCAAUUCGGCCACAAGUAUGAGCCGAUCCAUGAUGUUUAUUUCCCGACGGGAUCGGGAUCGGGAUCGAACGGGUUGGCUUCACACAGGGUGGCUUACGAACAGAAAGGGGCUUUUGGGAUGGUGAAUUCGGGAGGGAAGGUACCGCUAGGGCUGAAAAGGAAGGGGCUGAGGAUCGUGGUGACGGGUGGAGCAGGGUUCGUUGGGAGUCACCUGGUGGACCGGUUGAUCAAUCGAGGAGAUAGCGUGAUCGUGGUGGACAAUUUCUUCACUGGAAGGAAGGAGAACCUAAUGCACCAUUUUGGGAACCCAAGAUUCGAGCUUAUACGGCAUGAUGUGGUGGAGCCACUGCUUCUGGAGGUAGAUCAGAUCUAUCACCUGGCUUGCCCUGCUUCCCCUGUUCAUUACAAAUUCAACCCUGUCAAAACCAUCAAGACGAAUGUGGUGGGAACCCUCAACAUGCUUGGGCUCGCCAAGAGGGUCGGUGCCCGCUUCCUCCUCACCAGCACCAGUGAGGUUUACGGUGAUCCUCUGCAACAUCCUCAGGUUGAGACUUACUGGGGAAACGUUAAUCCCAUUGGUGUACGGAGCUGUUACGAUGAGGGGAAAAGAACAGCAGAGACAUUGACGAUGGAUUACCACAGAGGAGCAGGGGUUGAGGUCAGGAUUGCUCGUAUCUUCAACACCUACGGUCCUCGUAUGUGCAUCGACGAUGGUCGUGUCGUCAGUAAUUUUGUUGCUCAGGCACUGAGGAAGGAGCCAAUGACGGUGUACGGCGACGGGAAGCAAACCAGGAGUUUCCAAUACGUGUCCGAUCUGGUGGAGGGGUUGAUGAGGCUGAUGGAAGGGGAACAUGUGGGUCCAUUCAAUCUAGGUAACCCAGGGGAGUUCACAAUGCUGGAGCUGGCACAGGUGGUGCAGGAGACCAUAGACCCAAAUGCUAAGAUUGAGUUCAGGCCCAACACCGAGGAUGACCCACACAAGAGGAAACCUGACAUCUCCAGAGCAAAGGAGCUUUUGGGCUGGGAGCCCAACAUCCCUCUCCGCAAGGGUCUCCCACUCAUGGUCUCCGACUUCCGUCAGCGCAUCUUCGGCGACCACAAGGAGGACACCAGCAACAACAUGUCCGCUUGAUCAUCAUCUUCUUCACUAUUAUCACCAUGAGCAUCAUCGACACCUCUUGCUCAUAGCUUUU